AUGUGGUUAACUAAAUCGUAUUCAUUUAUAAAAACAAGAAUAGAUUAUCAUAUAAAAAAAUCAUCUUAGAUUUAAGAAUAAUAACCUGUUGUUAUUAAAUAACAAAGUUCAAAUUUUAAGAACAGACAGAGAUCAACAAGUGUUAAUAAAAGUAUGACAAAAAUAAACAUCAUAAAAGUAAAUGGUUAAUUGAAUUAUAGGAUUUCUAUUAUAUCUCAAAGGAUGAUUAAUAUGUUUAUAAUACUAUAGAGAUUACUGAUAACUUAUUUAUUGAAUAAAUAAAAAAGGAAAACAAAAUUUUAGAGAAAAUAGAUUGGUUAGUAAUCCUAAAAAAUAAAUCAUUCUUAGGUUAUAAGAUUUAAUAAAUCCAUUAAUCAAUCAUGUUAUAAACAAUAGAAUAUGACAUGUAUAAAUUAAAAUAAGUUUUAGACGUAGAUAAUGGUGGAUUUUUGCCAGUAAUUAAGAAUAGAAUAUGAAGGAAUUAAAAAACCAAAGCUUUCAAAAAUUAAUAUUAUCUGACACUCUACAUAAAAUUUAGAUUAAAAAAGAUGCAGCUAGAACAAUUAUUCACGAUAUGUUUAAAUAAGUAUUUUUUUUUGAUUUAGAAUAGUAAGAAAAUUAAUAAUCUUUAAAAAAUAUUCUUAUUGCCUAUGCUAAUUAUGAUAAAGAAUUGGGUUAUGUUUAGGGACUUAAUAUAAUAGUAGCAAAUCUAUUAGUUUGCUAUGAUUUAAGUGUUAAUGAUUCAUAAUUAAAUGAUUUUGAAAUUAUUGAUAAAGACAGAGAUGAAACUGUUUUCUUUAUCUUCUUAUACAUAAUGAAAGAUCGAAAUUGGAGAACUGUUUUUUUGGAGGGUUUUAAAGGUUUGAGACUUAAAAUAGAUGUGCUUGAAUAAAUGAUUAAAAAAAAGAUACCUGAAUUACAUAAACAUUUCUAUGAUGAAGGGAUUGUAAAGAUGAAUUUGUAUUUAGACUGAUUUUUUUCCUUUAUUUUCUCGUUUCU